AUGCAUACAGGAUCUGAAUCAGGCUCAUCGGCAGACGUAGCGGGUUUACCUGGUGACCGAGUACUUGCUCUCAGUCCAGCAAUACAGGAUAUGAUGCAGCAGGUAGGCGUAAUGCAUUCCGCCUGCUAUGAAGAAGGCAGAGCCAAUGAACACGCGUUCGUGAUUUGCAUCGGAAGGGCUGAUUGCGCCAACGCUAAGGCACAGGGGAAAACCCGGCUUAUUUCUGCUCCCCAUGUCCUGGACUCUCCAGAGGGGAAACGAAAGGUGUUGGAGGUAACACAUGCAGUUCUAUCCCAUGUGGCUAGGCUGGAGCAGACCAGCAACCUGAAGGUUUUAGUGGAGAAGAUUAGCGCCUUGGGUUUGGCCUGUGACGACUUCCUGAUUGCGGCACCCCACUGA